AUGACCGUAGUGCCCUACGACACCAUAUCUACCACCUCUCAACCGGAAUCGGUUUUUACAAAAUGUUGCUGCUGCAUCCCUCUAAGAAUCGGAUGUUUCAUCUUGGGCUAUCUUAAUCUGAUCUUCAAUUCGGUCCACACCCUCGCUCUUUUCACGCUCACCACGUACAUCGGACUUUCCACGCAUUGGUUUGACCACUUCGACUUGGAGAGCCCCCGCACCAUCAAAGGCCAGUCAACAGAGAUCGAAUUGAUCGAGAGACCUCUGUUGAUCCACGUUGAAGUUAUGCUAAUGGUAGUUCUGUGUGCGAACGUUGCUUGGUUAAUUAUCACCGUGAUAUGCUUGGUCGGUUUACACAAGAAACGUCCAGGGCCCAUCAAGGUGUACAUAACUUUUGCAAUGGCAAGGCUAAUUCUGAUGUUCUCCGGCCUCGUGUACCUCGUAUUUACAGGCAGCACUAGCACACAAUCGGUAGUUUCCUACUCUGUUGAUCUAGGUCUUGCUGCCUACUUCAUCUCAGUCUAUUACAUUUACGCCAUACAGCUGGAACGUGAACAAAUCAAGAAUAAUGAGACGCAAAAUGCCACUGAUAUUACUUUUGUAUACCCUACAAAAAUACAAAAGUGU